AUGGCGUCAGGAAUUGCGCUCUACUCCGUUCCGUAUGACUCGGACGCUGAGUCUACCGAGCAGUACGGGAAGAGUUAUGCGCAGAUGCUCUCCGAGGACUUCAAUGAGGAGGGGUUUGAUGAGCCCAAUCUGAUCAAAUACCUGGGUAAAGGACCUUCAGGGGAGGCUGUGAUACUUGUCGUACCGUCCGUUUCCGCCCGUGUGCGCAGCAAUCACGAAGAUGCCUUGCGUCUCAUGGUAAAGAAGCUGAACCGUUUCUGCAGCGCCAAGUAUUCGCUCCUGGUCUGUCAAACGUGCACAACAUGGUCCGAUUACAAUUCUUACAAUUUCGUCAACCAGUGGUAUGACAUGCUCCCCAAGGGAUCGAAGAAGAAUUUGGUAAAGGUGUACAUGAUCCAUUCCGCGUACACCACUAAGACGAUGCUCACGUGCAUGACACCGUUUGCGAAGGCCCGAGUCUGGGAGAAGAUCGAGUUCGUUGACAAGCUGGGCGACCUGCUGAAGGCUCUGAGACUUGACACGAAGAACAUGCUGCGGAACUUCCCAUACUCCGUACAGCGCGCUGAAGAGAUUGCGCUUGGCAUAGGAAUGCCGCUGUCUGUGUUUGGCACUGAAAUGUGGGUUUUGGCAAUGCGAGUGGGCUGCCCGUUCAAGGGCUUCCCGCUGAUUCCGCCAGCAGUUGCGCACGUCUUGGCAAAAAUAGAAUCGCCGGAAAUUAUUGACACGCCUAACUUGCUGAACCUGCAAUGCAGCCCUGAUGUUCUAUACGCCGCUGUCGGAGCAUAUGAGCUGUUGGGUGAGGGGUGCGCCGUGGACUCUCCUGAAACGGCAGUGGCGCUGUUCAGGCUCUUGGUAGACACGCACGUCGGCGGGCUGAUUGGGCCAAAGGCCUACAUAACGCUAAAGAAUGCCUUGCUACAAGGCAGCUCGAACGAAGAGCUGGUUCAGAUGAUGGCUAAGGUCACCAACGAGUUCCAGCCUACUCAGAAGGAUUGCAUUUUCUGCAUUAUAAAAACCCUAAGGGCCAUUGCGCGCCGCGCUUCGCGUAACGGCAUGACCGUUAAGGCGGUUUCGAAGAUCAUGGCUGGGUCUUUCUUCCGGCCGCUGUCACCUGACCCCUAUUGCUUCAAAGCCAUUCAGUCCAGCGAGAUGGUUUUGGGGACGAUGAUCGAAAAGCCAGAUAUGUUUUUCAAACGCGAGAAGGAGCCUCAUGAACGUGAGGAAGGCCGUACAAAGACGGUUAAGCACUCGAGUCACGCAAAAUCUUCAUCGUCGUCGUCCGCUGCUGCUGGUCCACGUCUUGCCAAGUCGCCUUCCAUGCGAGCCAGAGAGGAGCUUCAGCGCAUUGCACAGCGAAAAGAGGCGGGACGCGGAUCCGCUUCACCGCGGCCAGCGGAACGGACGCCGACAGCAGCGCCCGCGACGGACGAGGAGGAGUCGGAGCAGAUCACCGAGAUUGAGGAGUGA